CCGCCCGCCCGCGCGGCCGCGGAGGGGGAGGGGGCGGCCAAGAUGGCGACGGCCCCGCCGGGCGCCGCCGACGCGGGGGUCUCGCCCUGCACCACGACCCUCGCACCGUCUGGAGUCAGGAAGUCCAUGCCAUCUUCUGAGGUGCCUUAUGCCUCUGGCAUGUCCAUCAAGAAAAUAGGCCACCGGAGUGUUGAUUCCUCAGGAGAGACCACGUAUAAGAAGACAACCUCAUCGGCUUUGAAAGGUGCCAUCCAGUUAGGCAUCACUCACACAGUGGGCAGCCUCAGCACCAAACCAGAGCGCGACGUCCUCAUGCAAGACUUCUACGUGGUGGAGAGUAUUUUCUUCCCCAGUGAAGGCAGCAACCUCACCCCUGCUCAUCACUACAACGACUUCCGGUUCAAGACCUAUGCACCUGUUGCCUUCCGCUACUUUCGGGAGUUAUUUGGGAUUCGGCCUGAUGACUACUUGUACUCCCUGUGCAGUGAGCCACUCAUUGAACUGUGCAGCUCCGGGGCCAGUGGGUCCCUCUUCUAUGUGUCCAGUGACGAUGAAUUCAUCAUCAAAACUGUCCAGCACAAAGAGGCCGAGUUCCUGCAGAAGCUGCUUCCAGGGUACUACAUGAACCUCAAUCAAAACCCUCGGACUUUGCUGCCUAAGUUCUAUGGACUGUACUGUGUGCAGGCGGGUGGAAAGAAUAUUCGAAUUGUGGUCAUGAACAAUCUUUUACCUCGCUCAGUCAAGAUGCAUAUGAAGUAUGAUCUCAAGGGCUCAACGUACAAACGGCGGGCAUCCCAGAAAGAGCGCGAGAAGCCACUCCCUACCUUCAAAGACCUCGACUUCUUGCAAGACAUCCCAGAUGGUCUCUUUCUGGAUGCCGACAUGUACAAUGCUCUGUGUAAGACCCUGCAGCGUGACUGCUUGGUGUUGCAGAGCUUCAAGAUCAUGGAUUAUAGCCUGUUGAUGUCGAUCCAUAACGUCGACCACGCACAGCGAGAGCCCGUAGGCAGUGAAGCACAGCACCCACUCGACACCCGAAGGCCAGCCCCACAGAAAGCGCUGUAUUCCACAGCCAUGGAGUCGAUCCAGGGCGAGGCUCGGCGUGGGGGCACCAUGGACACGGACGACCACAUGGGCGGCAUUCCGGCCCGGAACAGUAAAGGGGAAAGGCUUCUCCUUUACAUCGGCAUCAUUGACAUCCUGCAGUCGUACAGGUUUGUUAAGAAGCUGGAGCACUCGUGGAAAGCUCUGGUGCACGACGGGGACACAGUGUCUGUGCACCGGCCGGGCUUCUAUGCGGAGCGGUUCCAGCGGUUCAUGUGUGGCACGGUGUUCAAGAAGAUCCCCUUGAAACCUUCUCCUUCCAAAAAGUUUCGGUCUGGUUCAUCUUUCUCUCGGCGAGCAGGCCCCAGCGGCAACUCCUGCGUCGCUUACCAGCCAUCCAUCUCUGGGGAGCACAAGGCACAAGUGACAACAAAAGCAGAAGUGGAGCCAGGCGUCCACCUCGGUCGUCCUGAUGUCUUACCUCAGACUCCACCUUUGGAGAAAAUCAAUGAGGUCUCGACUAUUCCUGACCCCUGUUUCUCACCUGUAGUUGGAGAGACUUUGCAAAUGCUAACUACAAGCUCAGCCCUCUUGGAAAGUUCUGAAGUCCCAGAAUCCAAGUACAGCCACUGAGCAAAAAUCCCAUGAAGACCCAGAAUUGAUUCUGCCUUGAUUCUGUGAGCCCAGGAAAUCAGGCCUUGCUCAGCAACGCUGAAUUUUCUUCUUGGUCAUCAGAGAAGGCGAGUCCCGGAGGCACGGGGAGCUUGGUCUCCUCCCGAAGAGCCUCUCCUCCCUCCUGCACCCCGGCACUGGUGCCUUGCACGGACAGUCGGACCGAGACCUCCUAGCCAGCACUCCUGAGCGGCUGGGUGACCUGAACUUCUCAAGCGGCCAACCUUCACUUCUCCAGUUGACUUGAUUUCCAGCCCAGUUCUUCCUGCUGAGUGGGCUUGCUGGGCAUGGUGGUUUUCUUCCCUUCCAUUGACCUUUCGCCGGGAGCUGGACUCUAAACUUCCUCAGGACGGACUGGCCGGCACCCUGGCCCUCACGUUAGCUAAAAGAAAAACCCAUGUCUGUAAUCUUGAGUAACGGUUUGGGGCGGUGUGUAACCUCCUCCCAACCUUGUGGGUUUUGCUUGCUUGUUUUCCCCUUUUGGAAAAAGGAAAGGAGCAGUAGCGCCUGUUUGCAGCCAGACGGCUUCGGGUCAGCAUCUGGAAGUGCGAGCGCGGCCUGCUCGUGGUGGGCUCCCUCCGCAGAGCCCUGGUAUUCUUCAGCUUCUCCGCUCCUGAUGAAUUUCUUAAGAUUGAAGGAAUGGAGGGGAUGGGCCCGACGAGGUCGGUCUUCUCCCUUGUUCUCGCCGUGGGGUAGUCCCGGGGCUGGGACGCGACUCAUUGCCAUCACGCCUGGUAUGUUUCGGGUGUGAAAUUCCCUCUGGUGUUUUUUCUGAAUGCAAAGCGAACUUCCAUCAGAUGACCCUUCGGGCCUUCUCCGUAGGACAUUUCUUCCUGGCUUUCCCCGCCUGUUCUCCUGCGUGUUCUGUGGGGGUGGGAGAGGCCCGUGUCCCACAGCGCCCAGGCUGAAGAAUCUGCUCUUAAAUUCAUGAGGUUUCUUUGAGCCACGUGUCCGGCUCGGUCCCUUCACGCAGAGAAUAUGGACGUGGGGACCGUCGUCCCAUGGUCCCUGUCACGGAGACUUGUGCUUGUCCAUCUGGUCCUCCCGCGAGAGGAGGAGUCCUGGCGUCUCGGGGUUGUUCAGUCCCGUACCCCUGCGUCCCACCCUACCUUGGGAGUAGGUCAGUCCAGACCCGAUGUGACUGUCUAUAUUAGACGCCCUCGGCCAGUUUCUGGCUGGCUCCCUGUCUUUGCUGCCAUGUUCUUUUUUACAAGAUGGAAAGAAGCAGUUCUUGCUAUUUUUUUCAUAAUUUACUAUUUAUGAAAUAUUUAAGUGUUUAUUCAGGACAGAGUUCUGUAGGGAUCGGGAGGGAAUAUUUUGGGGAGGGCCGGGCCUUAGGGAAGGGAGUGGGGAAACAACAUUUUUAUGAAGUGUCACUAUUUGCCUCUACUUCGUAUUGUUCCACAAUGACAAAUGCAAUAUAAAAGUGAUAAUUAUCUGGUUUUAAUGUAUUAAACUUUCUUCAGUUAUUUAGA